CAGCGGGGCAAAUAUUCGUAGGCGGCAGUUAUUGCUGUGGCCAAUUGCAGGAAGUUAGUACUCCGGAAGUGGCUGAUGUAUUCUGGUUUUAUAAGAAGGCCGUCCCUCUUACUACGGUGGCCGGGGAACUGGAGGUGACUGUAGCCGCGGCGCUGAGGUUGGAGCGUCUGUGUGUGUGCGGGCAGUGUUUGUGGCGGCUUGCGCUAGAGCUGGAACGUUUCCCGGGUUGGUGGCUCCUGCACAUUUUUUUUAUACUGCUCCCGUUCUGUUGCGGUGAGGGGAUCUACUCGAGGCUAGGGGAGUCAGGAAAAGUCAGUAUAGAAGAUUAAACUCUACGGAAGGAUGCAAUCAAGUGAUGGCUUUUUCUUUAGAAUUUGAAUAUGGAGGCCACAGGAACAGAAGAAGUUGACAAACUAAAAACUAAAUUUAUAUCUGCUUGGAACAACAUGAAAUAUAGUUGGGUGUUGAAAACAAAGACAUAUUUUAGUAGAAAUUCCCCUGUAUUAUUGCUCGGAAAAUGUUACCAUUUUAAAUGUGAAGAUGAACUGUUACCUGCAAGAUCAGGAUGUACUAUAGAAGAUCAUAUAAUUGCGGGAAAUGUAGAGGAAUUUCGUAAAGAUUUUAUUUCAAGAGUAUGGCUGACAUACAGGGAAGAAUUUCCUCAAAUAGAAGGCUCAACUUUGACAACAGACUGUGGUUGGGGCUGCACAUUACGAACUGGCCAGAUGCUGCUGGCUCAAGGACUCAUACUGCACUUUCUUGGUAGAGCUUGGACCUGGCCCGAUGCUUUGAACAUUGAAAAUUCAGACUCUGAAUCAUGGACUUCCCACACUGUAAAAAAAUUUACUGCAUCGUUUGAAGCACCGCUGUCAGGGGAAAGAGAACUCAAAACUCCAACAAUUUCUCUGAAGGAAACAAUUGGGAGGUACCCUGAUGAUCAUGAAAUACGAAAUGAAAUUUAUCACAGGAAAAUCAUCUCUUGGUUUGGUGAUUCUCCCUUGGCUCUCUUUGGCUUACAUCAACUAAUAGAAUAUGGGAAGAAGUCCGGGAAAAAAGCUGGAGAUUGGUAUGGACCAGCUGUGGUUGCUCACAUUUUAAGAAAAGCAGUUGAAGAAGCCAGACACCCUGAUUUACAAGGAAUAACUAUUUAUGUUGCACAAGAUUGUACAGUUUACAGUUCAGAUGUAAUUGAUAAACAACGUGCUUUCGUGACUUCUGAUAACACAGAUGACAAAGCUGUUAUUAUUCUAGUACCUGUUAGACUUGGAGGAGAAAGAACCAAUACCGACUACUUAGAGUUUAUAAAGGGUAUUUUAAGCCUUGAAUAUUGUGUGGGAAUUAUUGGUGGCAAACCGAAACAGUCAUAUUACUUUGCUGGAUUUCAAGAUGACAGUUUGAUUUACUUGGAUCCUCAUUACUGCCAGUCUUUUGUAGAUGUCAGCAUAAAGGAUUUCCCUCUUGAGACAUUCCACUGCCCUUCUCCCAAAAAGAUGUCAUUUCGGAAGAUGGACCCUAGCUGCACAAUAGGGUUUUACUGUCGCAACGUUCAGGACUUCAAGAGAGCUUCUGAAGAAAUCAGUAAGAUGCUGAAAAUUUCUUCUAAAGAGAAAUACCCCUUAUUUACUUUUGUAAAUGGUCAUGCCAGAGACUAUGAUUUUACAUCUACUACAACCAAUAAAGAAGACCUUUUCUCAGAGGAUGAAAAGAAAAUAUUAAAAAGAUUUAGCACAGAAGAAUUUGUUUUGCUUUAAAAGAUAAGCACAUUUGUGCUUGAUGAGAAGAACUUGAAGGGGGAAAAUGAAGAGAAACAAGUAUACAUUAAACUGAUUUAUUUUCACAAAUUUCUUAAUUUUAUAUGUUCUUUUAAAAAGGAACAUUGGAAAAUAUACAAGUUUUAGGAUAUUUUUCUGAAAGAGAGAUGAUCUAAUGAAUCUUGAUUUCUAAUAAAUAACAAGUGAUUCUGGCUGUAUUCCUAUUUCACUAAGAUCUUCCCAUUACACUACCUUAAAGGCAAGCCUUCCAGUCUUCGCAUUCUUCCACUUGAGGCCACUAGUCUCCUGAAGGUUUUGUGAUAUAGGCCCCCAAACUGGGAUUACCAAAUAGCUUCAAAAGCUUCAGUUUAUACUAAUGACCAGAAGACCAGAGAAUGACUCUUCUGUGCUGCCUGGUGUUAACACAACCAAGGGAUACUUCUGGAUGUAUCUUGAUAUAUUAAAUAGUGAUUGUUAGCUGUUAUAUGCGUACAGUUAUAUAAGCAGACUUGUGAAUUUAGGUAAUAUUUAGCAAUAUCAUUUAUAAUAGCUUCUCAUUUUUCUUGCUGUUUAGCUUUCUCUGAGAAGUGGAUAUAAAGUAUUGGUUUUCCCACAAAUUUCAAGUUUAUGUUACUAAUAAUAGUGGCAUCCAAUCAGAUCAGAUAAAGGCAAUUUUAAGAUAGGAAUGGUAUUCAUUUCUUAUCUUAAAAAUUAAAUUUUACGGGAAUUCUAUUUACUACCCAGUUUUAAAAUCUAAAGAUAAGUACCGAGAAAGAUACCAAGGGGUGCUCCUCUAUGUGAUUUUUGUUAUUUGUGUAAAUCAGUGUAGUGGCGUUUAGAAGCUGAGGCCAUCUAUAAGGUAAUCUGCCUUAAGUGUGUUAUGUGUUACUUAAAGGCAAAUUUGUGAUAUAAGAGUACAAGAGUUAUUAUUGAGCCAGGAUUAUAAAAUGAAUACCUUAAUAAAGAUGUGAGAACAUAAAA